GCUCGGCUCAUGUGGUGAAGGCUCGGUGUAGCUCGGCUCAUUACAACCCUCCCCCCUCAGAGCUGAGGACCUCAGGCUCAUCUGUUUCUUUCCCCCUUCUCCGUCCCCCUUGUUCUUCCUUCCCGUUCCCUGGCGGCGACGAGCCGACGACUGGGCGAGCGGCGGCGCCAUUGGUCACGUUUUCGCCCAGCCCUUUGCCGGCGACAAGCGCAUCCUCCAGGUCUGGAAUGUUGCCGAUGUCGACCCCUUCAGCUAAUCCUUCGCAGCUUACAAUUUUCUAUGGUGGAUCAGUAUGUGUGUAUGACUCAGUGCCACCAGAAAAGGCUCAAGCCAUCAUGCUUAUUGCUGCAGCUGCCGCAGCAGCCACCAAAACCAGUGCUGCCACUGCCAUCAAGCCUCCAAUGGUGCCUGCAGCCACUGUUGCCCCAGCAGCAGUCUCUCCUGUGCUCACACGGUCUCCAUCACUGCAGAGCACUUCUGUAGCAACUGGGCAACCACAGGCUGUUGCUGACCCUAGCUCAAUGUGCAAGCUUCAGGCUGAUCUUCCCAUUGCCAGGAGGCACUCUCUUCAGCGCUUCCUCGAGAAACGUCGUGACAGGAUUGUGAACAAGGCUCCAUACAGCCCCGCCAAGUCAUCUGAGGGCAUGGAAUCACCUGCGAUGGAGGUGUCGGCCGAGGGCAAGGUGCAGUAACUUAAAAGAUAGGGAGCCAUGACGCUCGAAACGGUGAAGGCUGACUUUGUGGAAAGGGUGGGGAUGUGUUGGUGCCUUAUGUCGGAAGCUCAAAACCUUACUGAUAAUUGGACCGGAACUUCUAUUUUCUCUGUUGUGUUCUCAUUGUGCAUUUAUGCUAGGUUGCUUUAUUCUACUGUGAAUUCGUUUACCCGCAUACCGAACUGCUGCGCUAUGACAUGUCCGUACAUUAUGCCAGUCGUAUGUCUGUCUGACUCUAUGUACUUACAAUGAUCGCUUAGUAAUGAAAUACCAUCUAUAUAUUUAUCCUCCUA